UUAUGCUGUCUGUCACACGGGAAGAAGUUGGGUUCAUAAACUAAAUCAACAGUUUGUUUACAGUAACUCAGUUUUUGCAUUGUCGUCUUUCUCAUUUGGACUGGUAAAAACGGGAAAACAUGUCUCGUUUCGGGACGUUGUUGUUCGCAAUUUGACGAGUGAUACGCAGGAUUGUUGCCAAGAUACAUUGUAACGUGUCAGCGGACAACUUCAUCAAACCAAGACGACUGCACGUCACCUGGAAAGACGACUUUUGGGCAGAAUUAAGCGAAAAUGUCAGACAACAGAUCUAGUUUUCUUCAUAUUGGAGACAUUGUGUCGCUGUACGCAGAAGGCACUGUCAAUGGCUUCAUCAGUACAUUGGGGCUUGUUGAUGACAGGUGUGUGGUGCAACCCGAUGCAGGAGACCUGGCCAAUCCGCCCAAAAAGUUCAGAGACUGCCUGUUCAAGGUGUGUCCGAUGAACAGGUACUCGGCUCAGAAGCAGUUCUGGAAGGCCAAACAGGGCAAACAAGGCAACAACGACACACAAGAAGACCUAUUCAAGAAGUUACAGCAUGCAGCAGAACUGGAACAAAAGCAGAAUGAGACGGAGAAUAAGAAGCUGCUGGGAGAGGUGGUGAAGUACAGUAACGUCAUCCAGCUUCUGCAUAUAAAGAGUAACAAGUACUUGACGGUGAAUAAGCGUUUGCCGGCGCUGCUGGAGAAGAACGCCAUGCGUGUGUCUCUGGACCCAGCCGGCAAUGAGGGCUCCUGGUUCUACAUCCAGCCCUUCUGGAAACUCCGCAGCGAGGGGGAUAAUGUGGUGGUGGGAGACAAAGUGGUCUUGAUGCCUGUGAACGCAGGGCAGCCUCUCCAUGCCAGCAACAUUGAGCUGCUAGACAACCCUGGCUGCAAGGAGGUGAACGCUGUGAACUGCAACACCAGCUGGAAGGUCACUCUGUUCAUGAAGUUCAGUGACUACAGAGAGGACGUCCUCAAAGGAGGUGAUGUGGUGCGUCUGUUCCACGCCGAACAGGAGAAGUUCCUGACAUGUGACGAGUACAGGAAUCAGCAGCACAUCUUCCUCAGGACCACCCUGAGACAGUCUGCCACCUCCGCCACCAGUUCCAAAGCACUCUGGGAAAUAGAGGUUGUGCACUACGACCCCUGCAGAGGGGGUGCCGGCCAGUGGAACAGCCUGUUUCGCUUCAAACACCUGGCCACUGGGAACUACCUGGCUGCAGAGAUUAACCCUGAUUUCCGGGAUGAGAGUGUGGAUUCUAAAGCAGAGGUGAAUCAGACGGAGACAGAUACAGUGUACUCCAAGAAGAAGCGUCAGGCUGCAGAGAAGAUAGCCUGCACCCUGGUGUCUGUGCCCCAUGGCAACGACAUCGCCUCUCUGUUUGAGCUGGACGCCACCACGCUGCAGAUGGCUGACUGUCUGGUGCCCAGGAACUCGUACGUACGGCUGAGACACCUGUGUACCAACACCUGGGUGAGCAGCACCAACUUCCCCAUCGACGCUGAGGAGGAGCGCCCUGUCAUGCUCAAGAUUGGCACGUGCCCUACGAAGGAGGACAAGGAGGCAUUUGCUAUUGUCUCUGUACCCCUGUUUGAGGUCCGAGACCUGGACUUUGCCAACGAUGCCAACAAGGUCCUGGAGUUGACCGUGAGGAAGCUGCAGUACGGCAACAUUGCUCAGAACGAGAGGAGGUUUGUGACUAAGCUGUUAGAGGACCUGAUCUUCUUUGUGUGCGAGGUCCCCAACAACGGUCAGGACGUGCUGUCUGUGGUCAUCUCCAACCCCAACAGGGAAAGACAGAAACUAAUGAGGGAACAGAACAUUCUAGCCCAGAUUUUUGGUAUUCUGAAGGCCCCAUUCACGGACCUGGGGGAGGGGCCCAUGCUGAAGCUGGAGGACUUGGGGGACCAGCGCUACGCUCCCUUUAAGUACAUGCUGCAGCUGUGCUACCGGGUGCUGCGCCACUCCCAACAGGACUACCGCAAGAACCAGGAGUACAUAGCCAAGAAGUUCUCCAUCAUGCAGUCUCAGAUCGGUUAUGAGAUCCUGGCGGAGGACACCAUUACAGCUCUGCUCCACAACAACCGCAAGCUGUUGGAGAAACACAUCACAGCCAAGGAGAUUGAGACCUUUGUCAAACUGCUGCGACGCAACCGAGAGCCCAGGUUCCUGGACUAUCUGUCAGACCUGUGUGUGUCCAAUAAGACGGCCAUUCCAGUGACACAGGAGCUCAUCUGUAAAUUCAUGUUGAACUCCGCCAAUGCUGACAUCCUCAUCCAGACCAAGCUCAUCCCCAACACAGAGACAUCCCUGGAGUCGUCCUUGCUGUUGGAGGACACAGAGGACGAGGAGGUGUGGCUCUACUGGAUCGACAGCCACAAGGAGCCGCACGGCAAGUCCAUCCGCCACCUGGCCCAGGACGCCAAGGGCAACCACAAGCUGGACAGCGACAUCAUCACCUACUACAGAUACCAGCUCAACCUGUUUGCCAAGAUGUGUCUGGACCGCCAGUACCUGGCUAUCAACCAGGUGUCCAGCCAGCUUCCUGUGGACCUGAUCCUGCGCUGCAUGUUUGACGACUGCCUGCCCUACAACCUUCGCGCCUCCUUCUGCCGCCUCAUGCUGCACAUGCAUGUGAACCGCGAGCCCCAGGAGGCCGUGGUGGCUGUGCGCUACGCCCGACUCUGGACCGAGAUCCCCUCCAAGAUCACCAUCCACGAGUAUGAGUAUGAGUUCAGAGACACCUCCAGAGAGGAGAUGAAGAGGAAGUUUGCCCCCACCAUGGAGUUUGUAGAGGAAUACCUCAAGGACGUGGUCAGUCAGCCCUUUCCCUUUGGAGACAAAGAGAAGAAUGAACUGACUCUGGAGGUGGUACAUCUGGCCCGUAACCUGGUCUACUUUGGCUUCUACAGCUUCAGUGAGCUGCUGCGUCUCACACGCACCCUGCUGGCCAUACUGGACUUUGUCCAGCACCCACUCACCUACAUGGACAAGCUCAGCAAGAGUCCCGAGGCAGGGAACAACGUGUUGCGUACCAUCCACGGCGUGGGGGAGAUGAUGACCCAGAUGGUGCUGAGUAGAGGGUACGUCCUGCCUCACCACCUCCCCGACACGCCCCCGUCCCUCCAGCACGGAAUACAACCCUUCCUUCUGCCCGACAAUGAGGACGUCAUGGUCAUGGACACCAAGCUCAAAAUCAUUGAGAUCCUACAGUUCAUCCUGAGUGUGCGGCUGGACUAUAGGAUCACCUACCUGCUAUCCAUUUAUAAAAAAGAAUUUGGGGACAGGAAUCUACCGGACAGCUCUAUGUCGGUGUCUGAAUUCCCCUCCAUGUCAGAUCCAGACAUAGAUGAGAUUGCAGCCAAAGCAGAGACCAUGUUUGCUGGAAGUUCAGAGUGUAGUGCUGUGGAGCUGGAUGAUGAAGGAGGCAGGACCUUCCUGAGGGUGCUGAUCCACCUCAUCAUGCAGGACUACCCCCCGCUGGUCUCCGGCUCGCUGCAGCUCAUGUUCAAACAUUUCAGCCAGAGAGCAGAGGUCCUACAGGCCUUCAAACAGGUCCAGUUGCUGGUAUCGGAGCAGGAUGUGGAGAACUACAAGCAGAUCAAGACAGACCUGGACCAGCUGAGGCUGACGGUGGAGAAGUCUGAACUGUGGGUGGAGAAGAGUGGAGCCUACGGCAGUGAGGACAUAGGAGACAGCCAGGGCAAGGAGCAAACCAUGGAGGAGGCUGGAAUCCUGAGUCCAGUACAGGGUGGGGAUGUGAAGCCCCAGAUAGACAGCAACAAAGCCAACAACUACAACAUCGUCAAAGAGAUCCUGCUGCGGCUCAGUAAGCAGUGUUACCCCGGUAAGAAGAGUCGUGUGCAGCAGCAGAGGCUACUGAAGAACAUGGGGGCUCACACUGUGGUGCUGGACCUGCUCCAGAUACCUUAUGAGAAGAGUGAUAAGAAGAUGAAUGAGAUCAUGACACUGGCCCACGUGUUCCUGCAGAACUUCUGUAAAGGGAACAGCCAGAACCAGGUUCUGCUCCACAAACACCUCAACCUGUUCCUCACACCAGGGCUCCUGGAGGCCGAGACCAUGCGCUACAUCUUCAUGAACAACUUCUACCUGUGCAACGAUAUCAGUGACCGUGUGGUCCACCAUUUUGUUCACUGCAUCGAGACGCACGGCCGACACGUCCAGUACCUCAAGUUCCUCCAGACCAUCGUCAAGGCCGACGGGAAGUAUGUCAAGAAGUGCCAGGACAAGGUCAUGACCGAGCUGGUGAACGGUGGCGAGGACGUGCUGGUGUUCUACAAUGACCGCUCCUCCUUCCCAGUGCUGUUCCAGAUGAUGUGCUGCGAGCGGGAGCGUGGGGACGAGGGCGGAGCCUUGGCCUACCACAACACCCUGGUAGAGCUCCUCGCCGCCUGCACCGAGGGCAAAAACGUUUACACCGAGCUGAAAUGUAACUCCCUGCUGCCCCUGGAUGACAUCGUCAAGGUGGUCACCCACGAUGACUGCAUCGCUGAGGUGAAGACGGCCUACGUGAACUUUGUGAACCACUGCUACGUGGACACGGAGGUGGAGAUGAAGGAGAUCUACACCAGCCACCACAUCUGGAAGCUCUUUGAGAACUUCCUGGUGGACAUGGCACGGGUGUGCAACAGCACCACGGACCGUAACCAUGCCGACGUUCCCCUGGAAAGGUAUGUGACGGAGACUGUGGUGGCCAUCGUGAAGGGCUUCUUCAGCUCCCAGUUCCCUGUCAACAACUCCAACCUGCAGACCCACCAGCCCAUCUUCAUCCAGCUGCUCCAGUCUUCCUUCAGGAUCUAUAACUGCACCUGGAUCAGCUCGGCCCAGAAGAACAACAUCGAGGGCUGCAUCAAAACACUGGCUGACGUGGCCAAGGCGCGUGCCAUAGCCAUCCCAGUGGAUCUGGACAGCCAGGUGAACACUCUGUCUCUGAAGGCACACACCAACGUGGUGCAUCGUGCCGCCAAGGACUGGAGGAUCUCAGCACGCACCCGGCCCCGAAAGGAGACCCUAGGAGGGCCCGACUACAAGAGCAUCAUCGAGAAGCUGCAGGGUGUAGUGGCGUGUCUAGAGGAGCAGUUCAGUCCUAAGGUGCAGGCUGAGUUCUCUGUGUUGGUGGAUGUACUACACAGCCCUGAGCUGCUGUUCCCAGAGGCUGCCAGACUGCGCUGUGAGAGUGGAGCCUUCAUGUCCAAACUGAUCAAACACACCAAGAAGCUGAUGGACAAAGAGGAAAAACUGUGCAUUAAGAUCCUGCAGACACUCAGAGAGAUGCUGGACAAGAAGGAGGCCUUUGAUGAGCCUGGAAACGUGUUAAGGAAUAUUCUCCUCACUCGCUACUUUGGAAAUCAAAGGCUUCUUUCCAAAUCAGAGUUUGGGAGCGGGAACAGCUUGGCUGGAGGCUUUGGAGGUGGCUCUCUGGUCCAGGACUCUGACAAGCCGAGCAGCAGUAUGGUGGACAUCCAGUAUCUGCUGGACAGCGAGGGAGCCUCAGAGCUGGUCAUAGACCUCAUCGUCAGCACCAAGAACGAUCGCGUGUUCCAGGAGAGCAUCCUGCUAGGCAAUGCCCUGCUGCGGGGGGGAAACACUCAGAUACAGAAUUCGUUCUACCACCAGCUGCACAAGCAGAAGAAGUCAGAGCGCUUCUUCAAGGUGUUCUACGACCGCAUGCGUCUGGCCCAGCAAGAGAUCCGGGCCACCGUGUCCGUCAACAUGUUCGAGGUCAGCACCUGCAGGAAGAGAGAGGAGGACAUCGACGUCAGUCACAGUGGCAUCCGGCUCAGGAAAACAGCGAAAGACUCUUCCCUUCACAUGAAAGACGACAUGCGUGGCCAGUUGAAGGAGGCGUCCUCUGCCACCUCCAAGGCCUUUGUCUCCUUCCGAAAGGAUCUGGACACAGACCUGGAGGUGCUGGAUGGCCAGGCCGGUGAGGGGCCCGGGGGAGGGGGCGAGGAGAGAGAGGAAGAGACCCAGAUGAGCCCGGCCAUCACCAUCAUGAAGCCUAUCCUGCGAUACCUCCAGCUGCUCUGUGAGAACCACAACAGGAACCUGCAGAACUUCCUGCGGAACCAGAACAACAAGACGAACUACAACCUGGUGUGUGAGACGCUGCAGUUCCUGGACAUCAUGUGUGGCAGCACCACAGGAGGCCUGGGCCUGCUGGGCCUCUACAUCAAUGAGGGCAACGUGGACCUUGUCCGGCAGACCCUGGAGACAAUCACAGAGUACUGCCAGGGGCCUUGCCAUGAGAACCAGUCCUGUAUAGCCAAGCACGAGUCCAACGGCAUCGACAUCAUCAUAGCUCUGAUAGUCAACUCCAUCAACCCCUUGGGGAAGAAUCGAAUGGACCUGGUGCUAGAACUCAAGAACAACGCCUCCAAGCUGCUGCUGGCCAUCAUGGAGAGUCGCCAUGACAGCGAGAACGCCGAGAAGAUCCUUUACAAGAUGAGACCCAUGGAGCUGGUGGAUGUGAUGAAGGAGGCGUAUGCCCAGGGGCUGGAGAGUGAGGCUGAGGAGAACUCAAUAGGAGACCAGAUCAAACCUAAAGACGUAGGACACAACAUCUACAUCCUGGCCCACCAGCUGGCCAGACACAGCAAGUUCCUGCAGCAGAGCUUGAGGCCGCCAGCGGCGGGACUACUGCUGAACGAUGACACGGAGGGAGACGCCGCCCUCGGUUACUAUGCCAACCACACCGCUCAGAUCGAGAUUGUGCGUCACGACCGCUCCAUGGAGCAGAUAGUUUUUCCGGUGCCCAACAUCUGUGAGUACCUGACAGAGGAGUCCAAGAUGCGCGUGUUCACUACAACCGAGAGGGAUGACCAGGGCAGCAAGGUCAACGACUUCUUCACGCAGUUUGAUGACCUCUACAACGAGAUGCGCUGGCAGAAGAAGAUACGCAAUAACCUGGCUCUGUUCUGGUUCUCUCGGCACAUCUCUCUGUGGGGAAGCAUCUCUUUCUACCUGGCCGUUCUAGUCAACGUGGCCGUGGCUCUCUUCUACCCCUUUGGAGAUGACGGAGAUGAAGGCAUCCUGCCCCCCUUUGUGUCCAUCCUGCUGUGGGUGGCGUUGGUGGUGUGCACCGCCAUGCUCUUCAUCCUGCCCAAACCAGGGAGUGUCCGGCCCUUCCUGGUCUCUGUCAUACUGCGCUCUAUUUACACACUGGGCCUGGGCCCGACCCUGCUGCUACUGGGGGCCGCCAAUCUCCUAAAUAAGAUGGUGUUCCUGGUGAGCUUCGUGGGCAACCAGGGGACGUUCACGCGGGGCUACAAGGCGGUGGUCAUGGACAUGCCCUUCCUCUACCACGUGGGCUAUGUUAUCGUCUGUAUGCUGGGCCUCUUCGUCCACGAGUUCUUCUACAGCUUCCUGCUUUUUGACCUGCUGAACCGCGAGGAGACCCUGCUGAACGUGAUCAAGAGCGUGACACGUAAUGGGCGCUCCAUCGUCCUCACGGCUGUGCUGGCCCUCAUUCUGGUCUACCUCUUCUCCAUCGUGGGCUUCCUCUUCCUCAAGGACGACUUCCUCAUGGACGUGCAACGUCUGCCAGGGAAACUGGAAACACUAAAAGAUGGCCGAGCUCCCUCCGACAAGUGUUUGAAAGACGGCUGCCCGGACUCCAUACCCACGUCUGUCACCAUGAUGGUGGGGGGGGACGAUGGGACGGAGCGUGUGUGUGACACUCUGCUCAUGUGUAUCGUGACGGUGCUGAACCAGGGCCUGAGGAACGGAGGGGGAGUGGGAGACGUGCUGAGGAAGCCUUCCAAAGACGAUCCUCUGUUUGCGGCCCGUGUGGUGUAUGACCUACUGUUCUUCUUCAUUGUCAUCAUCAUCGUCCUAAACCUGAUCUUCGGCGUCAUCAUCGAUACGUUCGCCGACCUGAGGAGCGAGAAACAGAGGAAGGAGGAGAUACUGAAGACCACCUGCUUCAUCUGUGGGUUGGAGAGGGAUAAAUUCGACAACAAGACAGUGUCAUUUGAGGAGCACAUCAGGUCGGAACACAACAUGUGGCACUACCUGUACUUCCUGGUUCUGGUGAGGGUGAAGGACCCCACGGAGUACACAGGCCCCGAGAGCUACGUGGCCCAGAUGAUCAAGGAGAAGAACCUGGACUGGUUCCCCCGGAUGCGGGCCAUGUCCCUGGUGAGCAGCGAGGGGGACGGUGAGCAGAACGAGAUGCGCUCCCUGCAGGAGAAACUGGACAGCACCGUCACACUGGUGUCCCUGCUGUCCUCCCAGCUGUCCGAGCUAAAGGAUCAGAUGACAGAGCAGAGGAAGAAUAAACAGAUGAUGGGCUUCCUGGGGCCUGCUGGGGUCAACAACCACCACAUCCCAGCACACUGAGGGGCCUGGGGCCCCCUGAUAACAGAGAACACUGCUGGAGGUACAGAAAGGGACCACAAAUACGUACACACACACACAAAAUGUGCAUACAGUACACACACGCACCCACACAAUGUUAUCAGAUUUAUGGGGCCAACGGCCACUGGCUCACACGCAUACUUUACUCAAACACUGCUUUGUAUUCAAAGCAAACAGUGCCUUGUAUUCAAAGCAAACAGUGCCUUGUUCUUAGACAGUGUACUGACUCCUCACCCAGCAUCACCCUCUCACAUAGAACAGUACAGUGAUGUGCGCCUUUAGGACAGCACAAGCUGCACAGUCAUUCUGAUCAUCCCAUAUCAGUCCUGCUGCUCUGAGUGAGCCUCUGAAUGAGAUGCCAGGUAUGCCACACAUUGACCAGUGUCACUAUGGCAGACUGCCUGCAGACUGGAGGUCAUGGGAGAUGGUAAAAGGUUAAGUACAGUGGCCUUGUGGGCACCCAUGCUCUUCCUUUAUUCUCAGUGCACUGUGUCUGUCUGAGACUAAGAUGAAGACAGAGACUGGGCUAUACGCAGGUCAGGUAUUAGUACAUUGGGUUGGUAUUGUUCAGUUCUUUUUGGACUUUAAAGGGGCUGCUCCUUGUAUUACUGAUAGGCCCUCUUGUGAAAGGGUGUACGUGUAACUUUAAGGUGAAGUAUUUUCUUCCUAGCCUGGUCUCAGAUCUGUUUGUGCGGUCUUGCCAACUCCUAUGACAAUGAUAAUAGGAGUUGGCAAGGCCGCACAAACAGAUGUGGGACCAGGCUAUUCUCUUUGGGUAUGUUUUAAUAUGACAUGUUAACUUGUGAACAUAACUGGAGUAUUACAUUUUUUUACUUUGGAAUAGAAACGGAACAUUGAUCAACUUACCGCCUGGCUGCCUUGUGGUAACAUUGCUUCAUCAUCUCAAUCAUAAUGACCGUGAUAGUCAAUGUUCUCAAUAUCCUGCACUUUAAAAAAAUGUUAACAUACAACUGGAGAAACGGAUUUGCCUGUGAUGUUACUUUGCCUUUUUGUUAACACUUUACUUGAACUCAUAAUGCUUCAUACCAGUUUCAUUAACAUGUCGUAAAGCUUCAUAGCAUGUGUCAGGUCUCCAGGAUAUACUAUGACAAUGUUAUGACACAUAUUUACAUGUAUUGUGGUAUUUAGCCUUAUGCUAUGAAGCUUCACGGCAUGUUUACGACGAGUUCAAGUAAAGUGUUAUCGCCUUUUCUCUCAGUGAAGUGUCCUCAAUGAUAAUGCAAUCCCUGCACCGCAUUACAUGACUUUCUACGCAUGUUGUACAUAAUCUAUAAAUAACAUAAUGAAAAGAAAAUGUAUAUGAAGAUAAUCUGAUUAUCUGUGCGGAAUUUACUUGAAAUGCAUUGAGUCAUAAAUCCUAUAUUGGUACAGAAUGUAGUCAGGAGGACUGAUUGAAAAUCAUGUGCUUGUGUCCAAUACAGUAGAUAGUCUUAUUAACUCACUCAUGUUGAUAGAGAUGUUUGCUCAUACUGUAAUCGUGAUGUGCAUCCCAAAUGGCACCCUAUUUCUUAUGUAGUGGCCUUAUUUUGACCAGGGCCCAGACAGCUCAAGUAGGUGCCUCUGGGCCCUGGUAAAAAGUAGGGCACUACAUAGGAAAUAGGGUGCCAUUUGGGACACCACCAUGGACAUCAACUCAUCUCAUACUGUAAUGAUCAUUCUCUUAGUUUGUUAGGGGUUCAAGCAGUGAAGCUGUGAGAUGCCCUAUUGUAUUUGUUGGCGUUCAUUAUUAUACGUCUUCUUCCGCCAAGGAAAAUUAAUAAGUAUAUUCCUGUGAGAUGGUAAAGGCCCAUGGGCCCCAUACCCUGUCAAGCAAUGCCAUGUGAAUUGGCCUCACGGUGGCGUUAUAACAAGCGAUUGAAGAUGCAAACUUUGAAAGGUCAUGUUCCUUACCCCGUUUGAGCUAGAGUCAUGAAAUUCAGUACAUAUGUCCCUCUCCUCACAAGGAACAAAUUUGCCUCAAUGACUCACAAGGUUCGCCAUGAUGGAUUUUCCACAAUUGUUUUGAUAAACAUUUAAAACGCUACUCCUCUGGCAUCGAAUGACUGAUCUGUACGAAACUUGAUACAUGGCAUCUAUGGACCAAGGUCUCUCAGAGCAAUAUUUUCCAGGAUAGCAUCUCAAACAACAAUAAACAUUUUAGUGGGCGUGACCUGGCACAUAAAUGCAUAUAAAUCAGACACAGUUAUUUGUAUUGUAAAAACUUCAUACAAAUGUUCCAAACACUGUCAAAACUCAACAUAUGCAAGCACAUUCAGAUCGACCACACAGUGGCACUAUCAGGGGCACAUGAUUAUAUUUCUUGAUCUGUUUGACUCAGAGUGAUGAAAUUUGGCACACACGCUCAGGGAUGUGGGUGUAGUUAACUUGUAGAGUAUGAUUCGGUUUGGCCGCAUGGUGGCACUGUUUAACAGGAAAAAACAAUCAUGCAAGCUCAUUGGCUUAUAGCAGCGAUGUUGUUUGAGCUAGAGUCUUGGAAAAUAUUGUGUUUAAGACAUCCAUAGAUGCUAUAUACCAAAUUUGUUGCCAAUUGGUCAAGCGAUUUUCUGUUGUCGUUUUUAACUCUUGUAACUCAGCCAUGUAACUCAGUCACAUGGAAUGCAAUGUAAUAUGUGUGUAUAAAACUUGUAUGUUUAAAAGUUUUUAUGUUAUGCAAUCACAUGACAGUAUGAGAGUAUGUACGCACUUCAGAGGGGAAUGCCCUUUGACACUUUUCUGUAAACAGAUACAGUGUGUUUUAUGUUGUUCAGAUGUUAUUGUAAUAAAUCUAUGAUAAUCUA